ACUAAUCAAGCGUAUGGAACAUUGAGCUAUGUACGGAAGCCGAAUAAGGACCUGCUGGUGGAUUUUUGAAUCUGACAUGACAGCUAUUUCUCACACAUAGCCAGAGCUACUUAUCGAAAGGGGGUUCGGGAUUAUCUCUUUGCUCUAAAAACAAAGUGAGAGAUCUUAACACUUUGCUACUAAAUACAUCUGGAUUGCAUCUGCCAUUCUGUAAAUGCUCAUUGCCACGGUACCGGUAGUUACUGCUAACAAAGCAAUUACGGAUCUGACAAAUCAGUGCGACCAGGAUGGAGUGGCAGCCGGAUGAACAGGGUUUGCAGCAGGUGCUCCAGCUGCUGAAGGACUCUCAGUCUCCAGACACAGCCACACAGAGAGCUGUGCAGGAAAAACUGGAACAGCUCAACCAGUUCCCAGACUUCAACAACUAUCUCAUCUUUGUCCUUACAAGCCUCAAAUCAGAGGAUGAGCCGACCCGUUCUCUAAGUGGUCUCAUAUUGAAGAACAAUGUGAAGGCCCACUACCAGAACUUUCCUCCUCUGGUAGCUGACUUCAUCAAGAGGGAAUGUCUCAACAACAUCGGAGAUCCCUCGCCCCUCAUCAGAGCAACCAUCGGCAUCUUGAUAACAACCAUAGCAUCUAAAGGAGAGCUGCAGACAUGGCCUGAACUCCUCCCUCAACUCUGUAACCUGCUCAACUCUGAAGACUACAAUACCUGCGAGGGUUCUUUCGGAGCCCUGCAGAAGAUCUGUGAGGAUUCUUCAGAGCUGUUGGACAGUGAUGCUCUCAACAGACCCCUGAACAUCAUGAUCCCCAAGUUCCUACAGUUUUUUAAACACUGCAGCCCAAAGAUCAGGUCUCAUGCCAUAGCGUGUGUGAAUCAGUUCAUCAGCAGUAGAGCCCAGGCUCUGAUGGAUCACAUCGACACCUUCAUCGAGAGUCUGUUUGCUCUAGCGGGGGAUGAGGACUGUGAGGUGAGGAAGAACGUGUGUAGAGCUCUGGUCAUGCUGCUGGAGGUCCGGAUAGACCGACUCAUACCACACAUGCACAGCAUCAUACAGUACAUGCUCCAGCGUACCCAGGACCCAGAUGAGAAUGUUAGUCUGGAGGCCUGUGAGUUCUGGCUCACCCUGGCUGAACAGCCCGUCUGCAAGGAGGCCCUGUCUGGGCACCUGGUCCAACUCAUCCCCAUCCUGGUGAACGGGAUGAAAUACUCUGAGAUAGACAUCAUCCUCCUAAAGGGAGAUGUAGAGGAGGAGGAUGACACCGUACCAGACAGUGAGCAGGACAUUAAGCCUCGCUUCCACAAGUCACGCACCGUCACCCUGCAACACGAGGGAGGAGAGGGGGAGGAGGGGGAGGAUCACGACGAUGACGAUGACGACGAUGACACGCUCUCCGACUGGAACCUGCGGAAGUGUUCGGCGGCAGCGUUAGACGUGUUAGCUAACGUGUUUCGUGAUGAGCUCCUCCCCCACCUGCUGCCCCUGCUGAAGGGCCUGUUGUUCCACCCAGACUGGGUCGUCAAGGAGUCGGGAAUACUGGUGCUGGGGGCUAUCGCUGAGGGUUGUAUGCAGGGCAUGGUUCCCUACCUACCAGAGUUGAUGCCUCACCUCAUCCAGUGUCUCUGUGAUAAGAAGGCCCUGGUGCGUUCCAUCGCCUGCUGGACUCUGUCCCGCUACGCCCACUGGGUGGUCAGCCAGCCCCCUGACUCCCACCUCAAACCCCUCAUGACUGAACUCCUCAAGAGGAUCCUGGACGGGAACAAGAGGGUUCAGGAGGCCGCCUGCAGUGCGUUUGCUACCCUAGAGGAGGAGGCCUGUACAGAGCUGGUUCCCUAUCUGAGCUUCAUUCUGGAUACUCUGGUCUUCGCCUUUGGAAAAUACCAACACAAGAACCUGCUCAUACUGUACGACGCUAUAGGAACGCUGGCCGACUCUGUAGGACACCACCUCAACCAACCGGAGUACAUAGAGAAGCUGAUGCCUCCUCUCAUAGCCAAGUGGAAUGAGCUGAAGGAUGAAGAUAAGGACCUGUUUCCUCUGUUAGAGUGUCUGUCCUCUGUCGCUACAGCCCUCCAGAGUGGCUUCCUGCCCUACUGUGAACCAGUCUACCAGCGCUGUGUUACACUGGUGCAGAAAACACUGGCUCAGGCUAUGAUGUACAGCCAACAGCCAGACCAGUACGAGGCCCCUGAUAAGGAUUUUAUGAUCGUGGCCCUGGACCUCCUCAGUGGUCUGGCUGAGGGCCUGGGGGUCCACGUUGAUCAGCUGGUGGCCCGGAGCAACAUCAUGACACUACUGUUUCAGUGCAUGCAGGACACCAUGCCAGAGGUGAGGCAGAGCUCCUUUGCCCUGCUGGGUGAUCUGACCAAGGCCUGCUUCCCUCAUGUUAAACCCUGCAUCGCUGAGUUCAUGCCUAUCCUAGGGACCAACCUGAACCCAGAGUUCAUCUCUGUGUGUAACAACGCUACCUGGGCCAUUGGAGAGAUAUGCAUGCAGAUGGGUGUAGAGAUGCAGCCCUAUGUGUCUCUGGUCCUGAACCAGCUGGUAGAGAUCAUCAACAGACCCAACACACCCAAGACCCUGCUGGAGAACACCGCCAUUACGAUUGGUCGCCUGGGCUACGUGUGUCCUCAGGAGGUGGCUCCGAUGCUCCAGCAGUUCAUCAGACCGUGGUGUACGUCCCUACGGAACAUCCGUGACAACGAAGAGAAAGACUCCGCCUUCAGAGGGAUCUGCAUGAUGAUUGGUGUAAACCCUGGGGGAGUGGUCCAGGACUUCAUCUUCUUCUGUGAUGCCGUGGCGUCCUGGGUCAGCCCUAAGGAGGACCUGAGAGACAUGUUCUACAAGAUCCUCCAUGGUUUUAAGGACCAGGUAGGAGAGGAGAACUGGCAGCAGUUCUCAGAACAGUUUCCCCCCCAGCUGAAGGAGAGACUGUCUGCCUGCUACGGCGUGUAGAAACCCCCCCCUAACCUAACGGCAGGUGAGCCAGUAGUAGAGGAGGAAGGUGAAAAGGAACUCAUCCAUCUGUGUUAAUGCCCUGAACUGAUCUGGGGGGAGGGGGAGAGGGACCCAUCACGCCAUUGGCCGCUCCCCUUGACGGACGGCCCUCACGCCCUAUGUAUUUCUCCAUAGCGGGAGGGUGGGCGGGACUUGGGGAGGGACAGGGGGACACCUCUAGAUGAGAGAUUAAGGGGACCCAACCAACACAGAGAAACCAACUAAGGUAGGGACAGAUAGAGGGGGGUACCUACAUUCAGAAGGAAAAGGUUCCAACACAGAAACGGGUAGGGACAGAUAGAGGGGGGUACCUACAUUCAGAAGGAACAGGUUCCAACACAGAAACAGGUAGGGACAGAUAGAGGGGGGUACCUACAUUCAGAAGGAAAAGGUUCCAACACAGAAACAGGUAGGGACAGAUAGAGGGGGGUACCUACAUUCAGAAGGAACAGGUUCCAACACAGAAACAGGUAGGGACAGAUAGAGAAUGGAGAGUGAGGGAAAGAGAGAGAGAGAGAGAUAUGUAGGGGCCAGCUAGACUGCAGUAGAGAGAGGUAGGGGCCAGCUAGACUGCAGUAGAGAGAGGUAGGUAGGGGCCAGCUAGACUACAGUAGAGAGAGGUAGGGGCCAGCUAGACUGCAGUAGAGAGAGGUAGUUAGGGGCCAGCUAGACUGCAGUAGAGAGAGGUAGUUAGGGCCCAGCUAGACUACAGUAGAGAGAGGUAGGGGCCAGCUAGACUACAGUAGAGAGAGGUAGGGGCCAGCUAGACUGCAGUAGAGAGAGGUAGUUAGGGGCCAGCUAGACUACAGUAGAGAGAGGUAGGGGCCAGCUAGACUACAUUAGAGAGAGGUAGGGGCCAGCUAGACUGCAGUAGAGAGAGGUAGUUAGGGGCCAGCUAGACUACAGUAGAGCGAGGUAGAGGCCAGCUAGACUGCAGUAGAGAGAGGUAGGGGCCAGCUAGACUACAGUAGAGAGAGGCAGGGUCCAGCUAGACUGCAGUAGAGAGAGGUAGGUAGGAGCCAGCUAGACUGCAGUAGAGAGAGGUAGGUAGGAGCCAGCUAGACUGCAGUAGAGAGAGGUAGGUAGGAGCCGGCUAGACUGCAGUAGAGAGAGGUAGGUAGGGGCCAGCUAGACUACAGUAGAGAGGGGUGGGUAGGGGCCAGCUAGACUACAGUAGAGAGGGGUGGGUAGGGGCCAGCUAGACUACAGUAGAGAGGGGUGGGUAGGGGCCAGCUAGACUGCAGUAGAGAGGGGUGGGUAGGGGCCAGCUAGACUACAGUAGAGGGAAAGAGAGACUUAACAGAUUUUUAAAAUCAGAUUGUAGAAAAAAUACACCACACAGAGAGCCAUAGACAGAGACAGGCACUCCCACAGUAAGACACACACACUUGCAAUACCUAGAGCUUUGUGUAGAUGGCGCUGUUACACUAGUCAGACAUACUCAGACACUACCAGUAAGGGAUUAACAGUCAGUGAGGGACAGACGGCGUGUUGGGGACAGACAGCGUGUUGGGGGCAGACAGGUAGGUGUCUAGCCUCUGUUGAUUUCUGGGAGAUGUCUCUUUUUUCCGGGGUAAAGGAUAUUCUAUAUGAAUGAAAAUUCAUCCUGUUAUUACUAGAUCACUGGUUCCCUGCUGAUCUCCUCCAACAAGCAUGCUUUGUUUCUGUCCUUUUCCCUAAGGAAUGCUUUCUUCAUAUUACUAUCGUGAGAGAAUUCUCAUGUUCUCUUCUAGAUAGACAGGGGAUAACUAACCUCUUGGUUCAUACGAGUCACCAUUAUAAGAGGGAGAGAAAUAGGGUUUAAAUAAUACCUGUUAUUCUUACGUAAGGUUAGGAAACUACAGAUUACAGCCUCAAGAUCACGUCUCUAGUUGUACCUGUUUGUGUGUCGUGUCUGAGUUUGUUUACCUAUUGUUUACCGUACAUGACACUGUUGAUUGUUUUAAUAAGGUAACGAUUUAACACUUGACUCCUCCCACCCCAUUGUCCUCCACCUGUAAACUGUGACCAACUGUGUGUGUGUGUUGCCAUAGUGAUAUCUUGAGGAAAGAGAUUAAACCCAUAAUUGUUUAUCCUGAUAACGUGUUACAAGAGGUCCAUCUUUUGUUGCUUUUUGUUUCUUUUUUUAAUUUGCUGCUACUAUUUUUUUUGUUUCCAUGGUGAGCUUAAAUGAACACAAACAAAACAUUGUUUAUUUUUAGUUUUGUGGUUUUGCACUUUUUAUUUUUUAUUUUUGUAUUAAGGAUGUUUUUAACCUUCCCUCAUAAAGGACAUCUGAAUUCUAACGUCCGUGUUCUAUUGUUCAGUGUAAAGUGUCUCUUGUUGUUCAGUGUAAAGUGUCUCUUUCUUGUUGUUCAGUGUAAAGUGUCUCUUUCUUGCUGGCAAAGCAAAAGUAGGAAAACUAAUGGCAAAUAAAAAGUAGGAAAACUAAUGGCAAAUAAAAAGUAGGAAAACUAAUGGCAAAUAAAAAGUAGGAAAACUAAUGGCAAAUAAAAAGUAGGAAAACUAAUGGCAAAUAAAAAGUGAAACUGCGAGUAAUCCGCACUUUUACGACUGACUGUGUGCUGACUGUGUGUGGGCACAUGUUUGUAUUUCCUAGGGAAAGGAGGUUGUAGCUGGAACUAGCCUACUGUGUGUGUGUGUGUCUGUGUGAGAAUAGUGAUGUUAUCCUUUUACUAUUCUUCACUUUGUUCCAAGAUAAGAGCACAAUAUCCCUCCAGCAGGACAGCGGAGCCAGGACUCAUACAGACAGAUGGCAAACACAGAAUACCAACAGCUUACGUCCCAGAUGCCACUAUGUUCCCUAUAUAUAUUCCUCAUAGGGCUCUGGUCAAAAGUAGUGACUUUUAAAGGGAAUAGUGCCAUUUUGGACACCGGCAUAGAGUUGGAUAGAGGGUGCACUUGAACAGAAACUGUUAUUGAGAAUGUGCCCGCGAGCCAACUUUAUGUACAGUAUAGACAGCUGUGAGGUUGUCAGCAGUUUGAGGCCAGGAUUCAAUCCGAUCGCCCCUUUUUUGGCUAAGCACCUUUUUAUUAAAGGCAAUGUUCCCACGUUCACGGAGACCGCAUUCACGGUAAACGCUGCUUAUGUCAGCUCAAUUGGAAAUUACCUUUAAAUGUCAUGAGGCAGAUCUAUAAAGGAUUUGAAUGAAUCCCAGCCUUAGUGUCAUUAAAGGGGACGUUCAGUCUUUUGGCUUUUAAAGUUAGCUGAAGUUUAGUGGCUGUUUGAAAUAAUUUAACCAGGGAUUUCAGUUUCUCCUGAACCAUUGUUCUUCACCCUGAAAGUAUUCAAUCUAACAUUAAGUUGUAAAAUCCUGAACUUCCCCUUUAAUAUCCAUAUCUCAACUUUAGUGAAUUUGGACACAUUUUGCACAGAUAGAUGUAUAGAUGACUGACUGACCAGGACUGUGAUCAUAGAAGCGAUAAACUAAUCAAUGUAUCAUUCAACAAAGACAAUCUACAUCUCCCCCAUUCUGCUAUCUCUAUUUCUAUCAGUUUAGAUUUUAGAUUUUCAUGUUUUUGUAUCCAUUUAAAUUGAUUUCAAGAUGUUUUUUUUGUCAGGUUUCAAUGUUCUGCAGUAGAUCGUUUGGACUCGUUAUGAUAUUGUGAUGACUUAAUUGGUUAAUUAAUAAAUGCAAUCAUCAAGUGUC